GGUUUCAAGAUGGAAACGCCAAGAACAUACCACAUCUUUGGGCAAACCAUCACGACCAGCCUCUCCCCGAGCAUCCACAACGCCGCCUUCGCCCACCACCACCUGCCUUAUCACUACACCAUCCAAGAAUGCCCCUCCCUGACAGCCGUGCAGCAUUUGAUUGACGCUCCCACCUUCGGCGGCGCCAGCGUGACCAUGCCGCACAAGCUGAUGGCCUUUCCGCUCUGUGAUUCCGUCAGCGAUGCCGCCACGCAUAUCGGGGCCAUUAACACGCUGAUCGCCGAGACCCACGACGGCAAACGGAUUCUCAAGGGGGAGAACACCGACUGGCGAGGGUUGUUUGAGCUUGUCCACGAGUACUCCGCCGGACCAACGUCCCCCCCUGCUGACGGGUUGAACGUCCACCCUGGCCUCGUCAUUGGCGCAGGCGGUGCAGCCCGCGCGGCGGUUUAUGCUCUUCUGCAGGCCGACUUCGCCCGGAUUUUCAUCGCCAACCGAACGGUCGCCACGGCGGAGGCCAUUGUCCGGGAUUUUGCGGGAUUGGCCACCCCCAACGGACGAAGGUGUGAGCUUGUGGCGGUGGGGUAUCCUAUCUCUGCUGCGAGGGAGAAGGGUUCGAGACCUGAGGUUGUGAUUGGCACAAUUCCCGGUCAUGUGGUCGAGGAAAAGGAGGCGGAGGAGUUGUUUCGGGGACGGAAGGAUGGGUUGGUGAUCGAGAUGGCCUACAAACCGCGGGUGACGGGGCUGAUGCGUGCCGCCCGACAGGCCGGCUGGACGGUGCAGGAUGGAUUGGAGGUGUUGCUGCGGCAGGGGUUUGCGCAGUAUACGCUGUGGACAGGGCGGGCGGCACCGGUCGAGGUGAUGAGGAGGAGUAUUAUUGAAAGGGAGUCUCAGUGA